GCACACAUGAUGAACUCACUAAAGAUCCUAAUGGAGCAUAUAGCCAGCUCAUUAGAUUGCAAGAAAUUAACAGGGAGUCAGAACAGCGGGAUGCAAAUGACUCAGGCCGGCCAGAAAACUUCAUAGAUUCUGAACAACAAUUGAGCCAACAAUUUUCCUUGCCUCAGUCCUUAAGCCAUCGAUCAUCUGGAAGAGAAAACAAUAGUCAGCACCCACUCAAAACAUGUAAUGCCACACUAGAUGCUUUUCAAAUAUCAGAAGAAGGGCCUGAAGUUCUUCCGUCAGAAGCAUUACAUACGCCUCAAGAAGUUUCACUCAUCCGCAUUGCUAAUCUUAAUAAACCUGAAAUCCCAGUGUUACUCAUGGGGACUCUAGCAGCAGCAGCAACUGGUGCAAUACUACCCACCAUGGGGCUUCUUCUUUCUCACAUGAUAAAUACUUUCUUUGAGGCUGCAGAUGAAAUUCGUAAAGAUUCAAGGUUUUGGGCAUUAAUAUUUGUUUCCCUUAGUGUGGCUGCCUUCAUAUGUGUUCCAUUAAGGUCCUACUUUUUUGCUGUAGCUGGUGCUAAGUUGAUAAAAAGGAUCCGGCUAAUGUGUUUUGAAAAAAUAAUUCACAUGGAAAUAGGCUGGUUUGAUAAAGAUGAAAAUUCAAGUGGAGCACUUGGAGCAAGGCUGUCAACUGAUGUAGUUUCUAUUCGAACAUUGGUUGGCGAUGCUCUUGGCUUGCUGGUUCAGGAUAUUGCCACAACAAUUACUGCCUUAGUAAUAGCCUUUGAGGCAAACUGGCGGCUUUCUCUCAUUAUUGUUGUUUUAAUUCCUCUAGUAUUACUAAAUGGAUAUGUGCAAAUGAGGUCAAUGCAAGGAUUCCAAACUAAUGCAAAGAAACUAUUUGAGGAAGCAAGUCAAGUAGCGAAUGAUGCAGUAGGGAAUAUCAGAACAGUUGCUGCUUUUUGUGCUGAAGAGAAGGUGAUGUUGUUAUACCAGAAGAAAUGUGUAGAACCGAUCCAGACAUGUAUAAGGCAAGGUUUAGUCAAUGGAACAGGUUUCGGUUUAUCACUAUUCUUUGUGUUUUCAGUUAACGCAUGCAGUUUUUAUGCUGGGGCAAGACUAGUUGAGAAUGGGAAAGCAUCAUUCUCAGAUGUUUUCCGUGUAUUUUAUGCUCUCGUAAUGGCAUCUGUAGCAUUGUCACAAUCAAGCUUCAUGACCCCAGCUACUAGUAAAGCAAAAAGUUCUGUUGCUUCUGUAUUUGCUAUUCUUGAUCAGAAAUCAAGAAUAGAUCCCAGUGAUGAGUCCGGAAUUAAAUUGGAAGAAGUGACGGGGAAGAUUGAGUACCACCAUGUCAGUUUCAAGUAUCCAACCAGACCAAAUGUUCUUGUGCUCAAAGAUCUUUCCUUGACCAUUCAAGCAGGAGAGACAGUUGCUCUAGUAGGUGAAAGUGGAAGUGGAAAGUCAACAGUGAUCUCAUUGUUACAAAGAUUUUAUGAACCUGCUUCGGGUCAGAUUACACUGGAUGGAACAGAAAUCCAAAAGCUACAACUUAAAUGGUUUAGGCAGCAGAUGGGUCUGGUAAGCCAGGAGCCUAUGUUAUUUAAUGACACCAUUCGAGCCAAUAUUGCAUAUGGAAAAGGUGGAGAUGCAACAGAAGCUGAAAUUAUAGCUGCAGCACAACUGGCAAAUGCACACAUGUUCAUUAGCAGUUUGCAGCAGGGUUAUGAUACAUUAGUGGGGGAGAGAGGGGUUCAACUUUCUGGAGGACAGAAGCAGCGCGUGGCAAUUGCAAGAGCCAUAGUGAAGAGUCCAAAAAUAUUAUUGCUAGAUGAAGCUACCAGUGCACUUGAUGCAGGGUCUGAAAGAGUGGUACAAGAUGCACUUGAUCGAGUGAGUAUGGACAGAACCACUAUUGUGGUGGCUCACAGGUUAUCCACCGUAAAGGAUGCAGAUUUAAUUGCAGUGGUUAAAAAUGGAGUCAUUGAAGAGAAAGGAAAGCACGAGACUUUGCUUAGCAAAGGUGGUGCAUAUGCUUCCUUAGUAGCACUGCAUAUUAGUGUUGCUUCAUCAUAG